AUGAGUUGCGGUAUUGCGUGUCUCUCCGAAAGUUUCAAUAAAGAAGAUUUCAAAAUGUUGCUUCGUAUUCGCUCAAAAGAAGGCAUGAACAGAGUUCAAGUUGAACCAGAAGAAAACUUUGGUUCACUCGCUCAAAAAGUCGCAGAGAUUUUGAAACUAUCCGAUCCUUCAAUCCUCGCCAUGGGGAAGGAUCCCAAUCCUUCUACAGCAGCGCCUAUAAACCAGUUAGCCAAUCAAACGCUAAACGCAGCCGGUUUAAAGCAUGGUGAUAUUGUUUACGUCAGUUAUACUGAAACGCAGCAACAGCCAGAUUUGGAAAAGGAUACUGUACCAAUAACACACAACAAGACUUCAAACAAUGUGGACAUACCAACUAUUAAGCAGGACGAAGUAGACGAUUUCCUUGAAAGCCAACGAGGUUUAAUACAUCGUAAGAAAGACCCUAAAUUUUGUCGACAUGGCGAUAAUGCUAUGUGCGAUUAUUGUAUGCCACUUGAGCCUUACGACAUGAAUUAUUUGGAAGAAAAUAAAAUCAAACACAUGUCAUUCCAUGCCUACCUACGACAAAUUAAUGCUGCACAACAAUCGAUCAAUAAUGCCGCCAGUAGUAAUAAUAUACCGCCAUUGGAGGAACAGGAUUUUAAAGUCAAAGUGCCAUGCACAGGUGGCCAUGCACCUUGGCCAGAAGGAAUCUGCACAAAAUGUCAGCCCAGUGCCAUUACGCUUCAAAGACAGACUUAUCGUAUCGUAGAUCAUGUUGAGUUCUCUUCUGCUUCGCUUAUAGACUCCUUUUUGAAUUAUUGGCGUUCAUCUGGGUCGCAACGUUUUGGCUACUUGUAUGGUCGGUAUGAGCCAUAUCUCGACGUUCCACUUGGUAUUAAAGCUGUCGUUGAAGCCAUCUAUGAACCUCCUCAAGAAAAUCACUCCGACGGUAUCAAACUUGACCUACUUUGGGAAAACGAGAAUCACAUCAAUCAAGUCGCCGAAGCUUGUGGUUUGGUUCAAGUCGGUAUGAUUUUCUCAGAUUUAGUAGAUGAUGGCACAGGAUCAGGCACCGUUAUACCCAAGCGUCAUGUCAACUCUUACUUUUUGUCAUCAGUUGAAUGUAUUUUUGCUGCUGAAAUGCAACAUCGCCAUCCCAAUAUCAGUAAACACUCAAUUCAGGGCAAAUACAGUUCCAAAUUCGUUACCUGUGUAAUUUCAGGCGAUACAGAAGGUCAAAUUGACGUAAAGGCUUACCAAGUAUCUGAUACGUUAACGGCGUUGAAGGAAGCAGAGAUUGUAGAACCUUGUAGAAACCCUUCUAUUAUGCGCGUCAAGGAUAGUAUACCCCACGUCAGAUAUGUACCUGAAGUCUUCUAUAAGUUUAAAAAUGAAUACAAUGUUUUAGUGAAGCAAUCGGCUAGACCUACCUUCCCUGUUGAAUACCUGCUUGUGAAUGUUACGAACGGUUUCCCACAUAAUCCAUCACCACUAUUUAACCCAGAAUCUAAGUUUCCUAUCGAGAAUAGAGAAGGGUUAGAGCAUCAAAGUAUCUAUUCCCUUGCUAAAGUCCUCAAAUCUUUCGAUUCUGUUGACAAUAUAAGAACAGCAUUAGCAGAUUUUCACAUACUAUGCUUCAUACAAUCCUUGGGUGCAUUCUCACCAGAAGAAUUCAAACGAUUUUGUAAACUUAUUACCAGCAAAGAGAGUAAUAUUGAAGAACUUGAGCAGAUCAAUGGCUGGAACACGCUUAAAAUACUUAUCCAAGAAGCCGAAACGAAUGCUAAGGCAAAUGCAUCUGUUAUGCCGUCGGAUACAUCUUCAGGCAGAUCUUCAGCCUCGGCAAUGGCUGCUGCUCCUGUGAGUUGUAGACACUGUACUUUUGCCAACCCUCCUGGUAAUGAAAACUGUGAAAUGUGUGGGCUACCUUUAUCGGGUUAAAAGAAGUAUAUUUUAGGAAAAGCUUAUUCAUAAUGUCUGAAUCCUCAGAUAUGAACCAAUUUUUAUGUAUCAUUACAAUCAAUAAAUUGAAUUUUGGAUUAUAGGCAAUCGUUUUCCGUCUUAAUAAGGUCCUCUGAAUCCAAAAACAUCAAAACAUGUGCAUGGCCAUUAGUAUAUGUAUAUUCCUCAAAAUGAGCAUCUGUUAUAAUCCAUCAAGCACUUUCUUAUUU